AUGGAAAAGUGCUAUCCAACAGUAAGUGAGGAUUACCAGAAGGUAGAUGAGAAAUGCAAGAAGAAGCUCAGAGGAUUCAUCAUUGAGAAGCAUUGUGCUCCAUUGAUGCUCCGAUUAGCAUGGCACUCGGCUGGGACUUACGAUUUAAAAACCAAAACAGGGGGACCAUUUGAGAUGAUGAAGCACCAAGUUGAGCUUGCUCACGAAGCCAACAACGGACUUGAUAUUGCUGUGAGGCUAUUGGAGCCCAUAAAGGAGCUAUUUCCAAUCCUAUCCUAUGCAGACUUCUACCAGUUGGCUGGGAUUGUUGCUAUUGAAGUUACAGGAGGCCUUGAGAUUCCUUUCACCCCGGAAGACCG